GAUUGGGAAGGUCGCCGGCUCGCGUUUUGUGAAGGGGAUCAGAUUCAAAGUGAUGGUCUUGGAGGCAAAGAUGUAGGCAAAGGCGGAAGCAAGGGUGGAAAAGGGAAAGGCGAAGGCCAAAUAGAAGUAGAUACAGAUGGUAAAGGUAAAGAUUCUUGUAAAGGCCGAGUACUCGAUCAUAAAGGUCAAGGCAAAGGCAAGGGACAACAAGUAGAUAAAGGCAAAGGCAAAG